UGGAAGAUUUCAACAAGUUCUGCACUUUUGUGCUUGCAUAUGCCGGUUAUAUUCCUUAUCCACAGGAGAAAGUGCUGCAGGGUGAAGCGGCCUUGCUUUCCUCAAGAUCGCUCUGACACUUCAACCUCCAGAGGUUCCUAUCCUUGGCAGUGUUGUAGCACUGGGUGUUCAUGGGAAUUUUGUUUUCUUUGGGUUUUUUUUUGGUGGCAUGCCUCUUAUGAGCUGCUUUGCUGCUGACGCUCUUGUUUAAUCCACAGAAAUGGUGGUGGCUCUUAUGUCAUGGCCGCUGAGAGACAUCCCCCCUCCAAAAAAACCUCAGCCCUCCCUCCCAGGGAGGCGCACUUGAGGAGCAGCUCUAGUCCUCUAAACAGCACCGGCAGCACUGCAGACAGCGACGGAUGGGAGAACCAGAGGCUGGGCUGCGGCCUCUUGUCUCCGGACGAGCCCCCUCCCAAAAACCGCAAGAGCUUCGCUGGAUUCAAAAGACCCACGAGCGAGGAUUCAGAGCCUCAGAAGCGUUCGAAAUCAGCAGGUCUUCUGCUGGAGGGUCGAACGAAGGCCGACAAGGUGAAAAAGAAGAAGAAGAAGCUGAGAAAGAAUGAGGAAUUGAGAUCUUUCGCCCCAUUUACUCCUCCCAGUGCCGAAGGUGAGAUCUCCAAUUAUGGAUGUACCAUUAAAGAAGAACCGGAAGAUUACCUCAGCAUCCCCGUACCCACCGCUGGCAUGGGUGGAGACCUGCCAAAGCACACUGGCACGUGUUCAAAACCUGCCUCGGGUUCACUGGCCACCGCAAUGUGCAAAGAGGAGCCUGAUGUGGGCCGUCCUUGCUGGAACGGUUCUAAAAGUUCAAGUCCAAAGUCGGAGGAUGUCGAGAAACCCUUACAAACUCAAGAAGAGGCAGUAGUCUCGAAGGUAGAAGGUUUUUCUGGUAAAAGGACUGUGGUCCAUCAGGGGAAACAGGUGGUGUUUAGAGAUGAGGAUGGAUCGGAGGAUGAUGAGGACAUCAUGGUGGAUUCAGAUGAUGACUCCUGGGACCUAGUGACAUGUUUCUGCAUGAAGCCGUUCGCCGGGCGGGCAAUGAUCGAAUGCAACCAGUGCAACACCUGGAUCCACCUCUCAUGUGCCAAAAUCCGCAAGUCCAACGUCCCUGAGACGUACAUCUGCCAGAGCUGCAAAGACUCAAAGUUGGACAUUCGCCGCUCCAAUCGCUCAAGAGUGGGCUCUCGAAAACACCUUCUCGACUGAUGCCGCUCUUCUCCUUCUGCCCAUCCACAUGUACAGAAACUCAUAAAAUUGUCGUCUUGAAGACAAGACUCAAUGAGUUCGGAAGAGGAAGGAAUCAGUGACCUGCUUACAUCACUUUUUUUUGUUUGUGUUUUUAAUAUUUCUCACCUUCCUAAAUGUUUGCGUCAAUCAAUCAAUACUAGGAUGAUGCAUUAACUGGAGCAGAUUUCUGCCGGACAGACGGACAGUUGCAGUUAUGAUGGUACACAGCUGAAGGUUAGACACAUUCGGAGUUGUGCUGGAAAGAAGGGACUGGGGUGUCGGAUUGCACUUUUUUAAGAACAAAGGGGUAGCUAGAGAUUCCCCUUUGUACCCAUAGCUUUCAAAAGCAUGUCUAUUAGUCAAAGUAUGUAUAUUAUAUGAAAUAAGAUAUUAGUGUUCAAGGUGUUUAGACUCAUCAUUUUGUGUGGAUCUUUUCUGAGACCCCCAAAUGUGUAUGAGGGAAAGCGUUCUGUUUGUUGGAUAAUGUUGAACGUGUUUUCAUCAGCAGUCACUGAUGAUUUGGAGUGAAACAUCAGAAACAGUUCUUGCUACAUUGUGGUAUUUCUUGAUUAUUAUUUUUAAUUUUUGGCAACAAAUUGGUGGUAAGAGACUGUGUGUCAUUUCUAUUUUUUGAUUUAUAAAUUCUGAUAAUUUCUGCAUUUUCUGCCCUUCAUUGAACAAGAAACUUUUUGUUUGCAUGUUGUAAUGUUUUACUAAACAGGAUGAUAUUUUUUGUCAUUUUUUUUUCUCCAAGAAGAUGUUUAAUAUGUUAAUUAUGUAAAUUAUGUGAGUCAUUACAGGUUAGGGAAGGGAUGGAUAUCCUUACUGGGUGAAUCUCAGAAUCUCACAAAAACAUAUCCAGGUCACAUUUUACCCCAUAAGUUAUAUAUAUAUAUUCCCCAUUAUUCUCUGUGGUGAUUCUAUUUAUAUUGU